AUGGCCUCCCAAGGUAUGCAGCAGCAGCGGAUGGUGGACACAUUCCACCACUCAUCACUGAGUAACUCGAUUCCUAACAGCAGUGUGCUGAGGAAGGUGGCCAGCCUCACAGCAGAUAAGAGUAUGCUUGAGCAGAGGGUCAGGCGGCCACGCUUGGUGCCAGAGAACCUUGAUUUCCAGAUCUACCAGAAGUUCAAAGGCCUAAUACUGGUAAACUGGUUCCUCUCAGCAUUUCCAGAUGGCCACUACCUGAAGCUGUAUCUGUCAGACCAGGACUUGACAAUUCUUGCAGUGCAAUUCUGCACUCAUCUUCUGGCAGCUGGUGUAAUAUGUCAAAUAUCUGAUAAAGAUGCUGCUGUGGACACUGUCUUCCAGCUGGACCUGAUGUAUCACUGGGCACACACAGAGGCACCAGCAGCAGCACCCCCAACCCCAACCCCUGGGAAACUGAGAAGUUCAGCUUGGCCUUCUCCUAGCCCUGCUGGAGUUCCACAGGAGUCUGUCAACACUGACACAAUUGGACCUGGAGCUCACUGCACAGAAGCUGAAUACCAGUUAAUGAUUAUUGGCCUGAAACGAGAACACCAUGAAACUGUAAACAGGCUGAUACGAAAUCAGGAAGUAGCUUUAUUCAACCUCAGGGGGAAGCAUGCACAGAAGGUCUUUGAGUUAGAACAGAGGAUAACUGAGCUUGAAGAGCUCAUUGACUGUAUGAGGCAACAAAUGGAAACAAACAAGACUAUAGCUGAUGCAGAGUCACUGACAGCCAAAACAAGAUCUGGUUUUGACUGUCCAACAGGAGUAGUAUCUUCCAAAUUUUUCUCUGAGAAGAACCAGAAUAAAAUUAAAACUAAAUCUGAUAACAUGGUUGUAAUGAGAGCUUUGCCUGCAAUUGUUGAAGAACUACCAGAGAAACAUGAAAUUGGCAUAAAGAAAGUGAUCAUAACAUGUGAAAAAGCAACAGAUACUAAAGACUUGAUACAGGUGAGGGAGCAGUGUAUCUCAGUUAUGCUGCCUCUCGAAGACUAUACUAUGAAAAUGUCAAGUGAGCGAAUUCCAUAUGAAAAUAAGGAAAUAUCAAGAGCAGUUGGCGUCCAACAUCAAAGUUCAGAUUUUUCCCCUGAAGUUGGAGCAACUGAGAGAGCAUCUCCCAAAAAGUAUGUACCCAAAUCAGUGCAGAGUCCAGUAUCUGUGAGAAUACAAGUUUCUUAUGAUCAACUUAUAACUACUUGUUCCGACAGUCAUCCCCAGUGCCCAGCUCUACGACUUUUGCAGUCCCUUCCACCCACUGGAAUGGAAGGUCCAGUACCAUCACUGCCUCCACCGCUGCCCCCUGGGAUUGGAGCACCACCACCACCACCACCACCACCACCACCACCACCACCACCACUUCCUUAUCUCCCUCCUACUCCUGGAAUUGGAGGAUUACCUCCUCCAUCCCAUGGUAUGGCAGGCCCUUCACCACCUCACCCACCUCCAUCCCCUCCAGCCCUUGAAAUUGGAGGCCCUCCGCCACCACCACACCCUCCGCCUCCUCCACCCCCCCUCCCCCUCGGAAUAGGAGGCUCCCUUCUGCCACCCCCUCCACACCCUGGGACGGGGGCCCCUCUGCCACCCCCUCCACUCCCUGGGACGGGGGCCCCUCCGCCACCCCCUCCACUCCCUGGGACGGGGGCCCCUCCGCCACCCCCUCCACUCCCUGGGACGGGGGCCCCUCCGCCACCCCCUCCACUCCCUGGGACGGGGGCCCCUCCGCCACCCCCUCCACUCCCUGGGACGGGGGCCCCUCCGCCACCCCCUCCACUCCCUGGGACGGGGGCCCCUCCGCCACCCCCUCCCCCUGGGACGGGGGCCCCUCCGCCACCCCCUCCACUCCCUGGGACGGGGGCCCCUCCGCCACCACCUCCACUCCCUGGGACGGGGGCCCCUCCGCCACCACCUCCACCCCCUGGGACAGGAGGGCCACUGCCACCCCCUCCACCCCCUGGGAUGGGAAUACCUCCUCCUCUUCCUCCUCUAGCAGCAGUUGGUGGUCCCCCAUCUCCAGUACCAGGUGGUCCAAUGCCGCUGCCAGUACCACCUGUUGGAGGAUGGGCUGCUGGAAAAGCCAUGUUGAGGAAAAAGCCUGUGAACCCAACAGUACCUAUGAAACCUUUGUACUGGACUCGAAUUGUUGUGCCAGCGACAGAAAGUCAGACGGCUCUGUGGGAAGAUCUGGAAGAAGCUAAAAUAGAAGACAUUGAUGAAUUUGCAAAUCUGUUCUCUCGACAAGUGACUGAACGGAAACCAGUGAAGAAGAAAGAAGAAAAGCCUACAAAGCAACAAGCAGCAAAACUACUUGACAGCAAACGAUCACAGAAUGUUGGCAUUCUUUCAUCUAGCCUCCAUGUAGAAUUUUCAGAAAUAGAAAAUGCAAUAUACAAUUUUGAUACAUCAGUUGUGAACUUGGAAGCUCUACAACAGAUAUAUGAUUCUAGACCAACAGAAGAAGAAGUUUCCUUAAUUCGGAAUCAUAUUGCAAGUAACUCAAAUAUUCCACUUGACAAGCCAGAACAGUUCCUAUAUGAACUUGCAGAAAUACCAAAUUUUGCAGAACGCAUUGCGUGUUUCAUGUUCCAGUCUGAUUUUGAAGAUGGUAUAUCUUCUAUUGAAAGUAAACUGAACAAUUUAAAAUCGACUUGUCAGUUUCUAACAACAUCAGAGAGUCUGAAGACAGUACUCAGCAUUAUAUUGGCUCUCGGUAAUUAUAUGAAUGGUGGCAAUCGUACACGUGGACAAGCAGAUGGAUUUGGAUUAGAAAUUCUGGCAAAGCUACGUGAUGUCAAGAGCAAAGACAAUAGCGUUACUUUGCUUCAUUUUAUUGUAAGAGCAUACAUGAAAAAAUGUGAUGAUCCAUUAAAUCCUGAAAUGGCUUUACCUGUACCUGAACCAGGAGAUAUUGAAAGGGCGGCAGUUGCUAAUUUCGAAGACCUCACUGUUGACUUACAAAAACUAGAGAGAGACUUGACAGCAUGCCAAAAUAGAACACAAAAAGUUAUUAAGGCCUCUUCAGAAAAUAAUUUACAGCCUUUCAAGGAUAAGAUGGAAUUCUUUGUAACUAGAGCCAAGAAGCAGCUCCUUGGUGAAAAAGAAAAUUUAGAAGAAUGCAAGCAAAAAUUUUAUGGCACUAUGGAUUUUUAUCAAUACCAUCCAAAAGGUAAAAAAGAAGAUGUAACACCUAAAGAUUUCUUUGCUUUGUGGCUACCAUUUUGCCGUGAUUUUAAGGAUAUCUGGAAGAAAGAGCAGCAGAGAUUAAUAAAGGAAAAGUUACAAGAAGUGAAGCAGAAACGUGAGAAAAAACGAGAGAUAGAGAAAUCAAAAAUAACAGAUGGUGGAUUGAAAGCAAGAGUACAGAUGCGAGCAAAGAUGACACCUGUGAGUUGA